GUAGCUUGGUGUAUUGAAGUAUACAAGAUAUGGGAUGCUAAAAAAGGCAUUCGAGGCUUUUGGUGAUCUCAGGGAUGAUGAGGAACUUGGGACAGUUGAUUGGAUUACUGUGAAGAGAUAUAUCACAUGUUUGAGUAACUUGGAAGAUGUACGAGCACAUCCUCAUGAUGUUCCUGACAAAGAUGAUCACACACAUACCAUGAAUUUGUUGGAUACUCGAGUGCGGCUUUUGAAUGGUGUGCAAGCCGCCUACUGGGGAAUGCUUGAAGAGGGACGAAUAACUCAAUCUACAACAACUAUUUUAAUGAGAUCUGUUGACGAAGCUAAGGAUCUUGUUUCUAGUCAACCAUUAUGCGAUUGGACGGUGUUGCGGUCCAAUGUACAAUUCUCAAAUUACUAUAGCUUCCUUCAAAUGAGCAGGUUGCCACAAAGGCUUAUCACAUACUUCACAAUAGAAAGAUUGGAGCUAGGAUGUUACACAUGUGCGGCAUUUCUCCAUGCUCAUAAAACUGCAAGGAGACAACUACAUGAUUUUCUCGGUGAAAGUGAAAUUGCAAGAAUUGUGAUCGAUGAAAGUACUGUUGCAGGGGAGGAAGCAAAAAAGUUUCUAGAAGAUCUUCGUGUUGCAUUCCCUCAGGUUGUGGUUACAAUGUUCUUCUAUCAUUUCACUCAAAUUAUUAUGGGCUCAUUAAUCAUUAGCCUCUCCAAAUCUUGAUAAAUUCGUUCAACUAGCAAUCUCCUGCAAAACUUGAUGAUGAAAGCACACUGUCUGAACUAAAAUGGGACCAGUUCGCCUUGGGCAGCUCCCUGAUUUGUGGGGCUGUACAAUUUUCGGGUUUCUUUUCUUGGUCUUUGUAGUAUUUUAUAUUUUUGUUUUCCCUGUUGUUGCCUUU